GGUCCGAGGACUUCUGCAAGUUUAAUUCAACCACUAUAUGAGGAUAGCGCCCUCAUGCGACAUGGAUACGAGAAUGGCCGACGACGUUGAGGAAUCUGAAGUCUUCGAGAUAACUGAUUUUACAACCGCAUCAGAAUGGGAAAGGUUCAUUGCACGUCUCGAGCAAAUCAUCCAUGAUUGGAAGCUCACUACGUACGUGAAGGGACCGCCCCUCAAAAAGGGUGAAUUUUCCACCGGAGAAUGGGAAGAACAGGCAGAAUCCAUCAAUUUUGCCACCGUGUGCUUCACGGUGACGGAGUAUCACCUCAAGCAGACCGCAGUGGUGGAAGGAAGCACACAAGAAGAAAAUGAAGAUUCCUUGCCCCAGGCUAUGGAAGACAUGCUACUGAUGGAGAAUGACUUCCCACCACGGGCCCACUGCAUUUGCAGAUGGUAUGGACUGAGACACUUCGUGGUGUUGACGCCUGUCGCCAACAGCGACGCAGUGUUGUCAGAGAGCAAGAUCAACUUGCUGCUAAGCUCCAUGGCGAUUGCUGUUAAUAACACCAACUGCCUCUUGCCCAUCUUUGCCCAGAUUCAGCAGAAGUGGCGUCGGAUGUACACCGGUAUCUGUGAGGCGCCGGGCGCUCGUACGACCUUUGACAUGGUGCACCUCAAGCGAACCCCACACCAGUACGGUCACAUGGAGGGGCUCAUAAACAUCUUCAAGUCCAAAAUUGCCACCCCGAUUUCCCCGUUGCCACAAGUCAAAGCCUCCAUUAGAUUCACCUACGUCCUGCAUGAUUGGACGCAGUAUGCCUGGUCACUACAACCACCCGACUUGGAUUCUCCCCUUGGGGAUGAAGUGGGAUAUCCCGGCUUUAAGGCCCUCCCCUUUGGCGCAGUGGAAGAUCCCAUUAACGAGUUACACCUGUCGGCCACUUGGCCAUCUCAAGCAGAAAAUACCAUCGUCGAUAAUGACGUGUACUCUGACCUCGAUGCGUCUCAAGCCCCUCAGUGGUCCGUCAGACUUCGCUUGACGGAAAAACCACAGUGCCUGCUUGGGGAGUACCUGAGCGCGUUUGCAGAACUUGUCCACAACCGCGACUCCACGGAUCAACUACUUGGCAAGCCCGCAUUUGACGACAUGGACGAUGAAACGUCAGAGCAGAUCAGCCAGGCCUUACAACGUCUGACAGACCCAGGUCGGGUUCACCUCCCCACGUUGUCAUCUGUUGUCAGCCGAGCUCGCACCAGGAUACGAUCUCGACAAAAGCAGGUGGAAGCACCUAUAUCGAUCGACACGCUGAACGAACUUCUAUGGCAUUUGUUUCCGGACGCAGCCAAUCAGGAUGAGUCUAGCGAGUCAUGUGAUGAGUCAGAAAAGGACGACCAGACGGAACCCAUCAAUGUCCAACCGGAGGUCAAGGAAUGGUAUCGUCACUUCAAGUCCGGUCCAGAAGAUGGCCUGACCUACAAGUUAGCCGUAGCCAUGUGCGUGGUGAACCACAGCCACGGAGGACUUAAGGCUGUGGCUCAUCUCUGGCAGGAGUUUGUACUAGAGAUGAGAUAUCGAUGGGAGAACGUGUUCUUAAUACCAGGACUGGCUUCUGGAAAUCCCAACAUGGGCUGUUGCCUACUGCACCAGAAACUACAGAUGUUGAAUUGCUGCAUCGCUCGCAAGAAAGCCCGUGAGGAACGUCAGGCCAGCCAAACAGAGUCUGAAGACAUGACGUCAAGAACUCCGGGUAGCUCCGAUCAAAAUAUUGCCUCAGAGAACCAAGAAACGGGUUCUGCUACUGAUGAUGCUACCGGAAGCAUCACUCCAUUCGCCUCGGCCAAUCAGCUUUUAGGAGACGAUCCAGCGUCCAAUGAGAAGCCACGAUCAGUCUCUAAGGUCUCUCUGAGGGAGGGGCAGUCUGUCAAGAGUGACAGCGACAGCGAAGAGGAAUUCUUCGAAUGUGACGAGGACUCCUUCCCAGGGAGUCCCAGUAAGAAUAAAGCCGAUCUGGAUUCAAGCGAGAUGGAGGUUGAAGAGGUUCAUUUCCAGGUCGGCUCCGAAGCACUAGAGACGGACCGUAGAGUGGCGAUUUCAGAAGCCAAUAAUGAGACGAGAUCGCAAAAACCCAGUGGGAGGCUACGUCCGUGCGGGGACUUGAAGCUGUUGAACAAGGAUGAGCUACUUUAUAUUCCCGUCACACAGGACCCUGCCCCGAUGACAGAAGACAUGCUGGAGGAACACGCUGAGGUCUUGGCUCAGCUAGGCACCACCUCGGAAGGGGCGGAGCUUAGAGCCAAGAUGCAGAGUGCAUGCCUGCUGUCUGAUAUGCAAGCAUUCAAGGCUGCCAAUCCAGGCUGUGAACUGGAAGACUUUGUGAGAUGGUACUCACCCAGAGACUGGAUUGAAGAUGAGGAGGAGGAGGAAGAUGAAGUUGAAGUAAUGGAGGAGCAAGAGGAUGAAGAAGGCAGGGCCAGGGAAGAAGGCGGGGCUAGGGAAGGAGGGGCCAGUAGAAGGAGAAUCAAAGGAUGUCUUAGCCAAAGAAUGAUGCUCCCUGGUAACACAUGGCAAGAGGUGUGGUCCCAGUCCAAGGCGGUAACCGCCCACCUCCAGAAGCGACUCUUUGACGACACCAAGGAAGCAGAGAAGGUUCUUCAUUUCCUUGCCUCCCUGAGACCCGGUGAGGUGGUACUCCAUCUACUGCCCUUGAUCAUUCACGCUGCACUAAGAAGGCUGGAAGAAGCUGAUGUAGAAGAAGUUCCAUCGCUACAGCCUCACUUUCCAGGACUCGUGAGUAAGGCCUCGCGAGUCACUCGAGCUCCUACUCAAGAUAUCAGGAAGUAUGAGGAGUUAGUCAAGCAGAUAUCUCUCAUUGAGGAAGUCAUCGCUCGUUCCCUGUCCCUCAAAGCCAAAUUCCUCCCACCGAAAUCAGAAACAGAGACGCCGCGCCACACCGGCGCCCUGCAGCAGUUUGUAUGCGAUCUCAUGGACAAGCCUGAGGUUCCUGUGAUUGGUGCGGGCAGGGGACCAGUUGGGGAGGCCAUACAUCAACUAUUUGGAGCCGCACAGAGGGCUGCCCACAUGCUUCCGGAGGUAGAAGCCGAUCUCCAAGACUCCCCAGGCAAAGUCAAGUAUUCCCACACUCACAGCUCGGUACCGGACUUCCCCCGCCCGGCCGGUAGGGAGUUCAUCUUCCGUACCGUAGCGCCCCGCCCUGCUCCUUACUCCCAACCCACCCCUCAGAGGAUGUACUGCGUCUUGGUAGAUGAGGAGUUCCGAUUAGCGGGAGCCUUCUCUCAAGACACCACUUUUCAGUAAAGGUAGGAUAGGUACAUGAAAGAGGGGGCUACUCGUGGUAAGAAACAUUGGGUGGCAGUAAAGAAUGGAACCUGUUGUAAGUGAUUUUGCUGCUCGAUGUAGUAUGCUUUGUGCCGUUCAAGAGCUUGGGAGAAAAUCUCACUAACUUCCUUGGUGGCAUUCGAACCCACAACUUUCUGUUUACUAGUGCGGAUGUCUUGCCACUUGCCUUCGCAGUGAGCUCACUGGUUUGAAUUGUGGAUUGAAUCGUGGAGUAGAGUCAUGGGAUUUUGACUAUUCAGCCUUGGUAGUGCAGUUGCAUUUUAAGGGAGUCUUCAGGAGUGUAUUAUAAUUCCUUGUGGGAUAGUUUCCCAGCAAGAGAAUUACAAAGGAGUUACAUUGCUUCAGUGUUUAUCCAUUUUUUUUAAUAAUGAAAGUAAAAACACUUCACACAUUUCAUGAAUACAUGAGAUUCAAGUGCAGCCAGUACUACAAUAUCUCCAAACAGUUUCAAGUGUAAAGUCUGUGGAUGCAAUGAUCUAGGUCGAGGUUAAUGAAACAAACUUGUAUCCUAAUCAGAACCAGAAUGUUUUUCUUCAGAAGUCAGCUGUUUGUAAUAGUGCUUCAUAAAGAAGACCCCAAGCCUGGCAACCUUUCAUUUAUUUCUGUGAUUGUGACUUUUCAGCAUUUGUACAUUUUCGAAUUGUAGUUCGUGCCUUCAAUGAAGACAAUUGCAAAGGCUUCUGCUGGCAGUAACAUGGCGAGUGAUUAGAUGAACGGGAACAACGCUUCAAGGAAAUAUGUUAUCUCAACGAGUGAUCCACAUUUCCCAUUAUCAACAUUUUUGGCUUUUACUGUGAUACUAAUGGACUUAUGUGUGUCCUUAAAUUUUUUGAAUCAAGACAUAUUUGCAAAGUUGUGAACACAUCGUUGACGGUGGAGAGUUCCCUCAAACUGAAGGAAAAUAGGAUCAUCUACAAAUGAUGGAAGCCACCCAAUGAAUGGCAAGAUUAGUCCUUAUAACUGCUUGUUUUUUGUGGAGAAUUGCCGUCAGCUUUAAAGCAACAACACAAAAAUAGUAAUUUAUGGCUGUAUUAAAAAAAACAUGUAUAAAGAAUAUAUUGUGAAUAAAAACAUUUUAUGCAAAACA